AUGGAUGUAUCGCUGGCGGGUAUUCUCAGCGCCACAGAGGCGUAUACAAAAGAUGCACGCUUUAAGCCCAAUACAACACAGCCAAACGAUGAUAUUCCUGUCGGUGCGCUCGCCAAUGGGCGUCAAUGGCACGGCAGCACGCAGCAUUCGCUGGAACAUACGUCACCUACGGCUACUGUCCAGUCCCUAGAUGGUGAUGCGGAUAUUAUCACGCCUGCUGAUCUAUGCUUCAGCUUGCAAGAGCAUAUGUUUGCCAUGCUGGUGGAAAUUACAGAGCGAGCUAUGGCACAUAUUGGAAGUAAAGAUGUGCUAAUUGUAGGUGGUGUGGGAAGCAAUGCGCGACUCCAAGAUAUGAUGGGCAUUAUGGCUAAGGAACGCGGUGGAAGUGUCUUUGCCACAGACGAACGUUUCUGCAUCGACAAUGGGAUUAUGAUCGCCCAUGCGGGACUACUCGCAUUCCGAACAGGAUACUCCACGCCUUUCGCCAAGACAACAACGACGCAACGCUAUCGCACAGACACUCCUGUAAUUUCGUGGCGCAGCUAA